AUGAAAAUUUUGGGCUUUGAGGGGUCUCGUUUUACAUGGAAAUGGGGGCGGGUGCACGAACGUUUAGAUAGAGCUCUUGUGAAUGAGAAAUGGGACACUCCGUUUGGUAAAACGGUAGUGAAACAUCUGCCGUCAGCUAUGUCUGAUCAUUCUCCCUUGCUGAUAAGCUUCCGCGGGAGAGUCAAUUUACCGAAGAGAGGAGGUUUCUUUAAGUACUGGGCGGCAUGGGAAGCCCAUGAUAAUUGGGAAGAUUGGCUGACAGCCAACUGGAAUAAUGACCUUGAAUUCCUGGAGGCAAUAUGGAAGCUCACAGCAAACAUCAAUGAUUGGAAAUACAACAUUUUUGAGUCGAGGCUCGAUAUAAUUGACCUCUUUCCGACGACAGAAAAUGGGGAACUACAACCCCAGGACAGGCUGGAGCAAAACCCCGAAAGAGACUCCAACUCCAAGAGUAACUGCAUCUCAAACCAUCGGAAGGAAAGACGCAACUGCAACUUGAUUAUUGCGAACUGUAUUGCUGGGAAAGACCACUAUAAACUACAGCCACUGGGGUAUGCAGGAGUCCCCAGGCGGGCAUAUUGGAUUUGGAGGGGCAUCCUCUCCUCCAGAGAUGUGAUCCGGAAGGCCCUCCUAUUCAUAAUUGGCAAUGGUAAUUCCACCAGAGUUUGGGUCGAUCCUCAGGGGAUUCAGUAUCAACUACUCACAUUGGUUAAGCCUUGA